AUGGAGACAUCGAUCGGCUUAACGGGGGAGCAGGUGUAUGGUGACCUUUACCAUGCAUGGCUCAAAGACACGGGGAAGAAGAACACGGACGACUCCAUGAAGUUGUUUCGGGAGGUAAUGGAGCGUGGAUUUCGCGAUAAGCAAAUAACUCUCCGUAAGGAGCGACUCGGUGCGAACGUCGCUGCAAGUCUUGCUGCGCUAUUGCACCGGACUCCUCUCAACCGUUUAGAUCUUCACGGCAAUACACUGCGAGAUAGCGGUUGUGAGACGAUCGCAUAUCUCAUCCGUGACAUGCCCAACUUAACUUAUCUCGACCUUGGAGCGAAUGAUAUUGGCCCGUUAGGCAUACAAACGCUCAGUUAUGUGCUGGGAGGGCACAAAAAGCUGCAGACGGUGAUCUUGGGUUCCUCCAAACACGAUGCCUAUGCCAACCGUAUCAACGCCUCUAGCGCUGUCAUUCUGUUGGAGGGAUGUCUGCGUAGUCGCACACUGCGGCACUUGGACCUGAGUGGAAGUGUUAUUGGCCAAUGUCAGGGAAGGAUGCGUGAUUUCAGCUUGAUGGCGGGGACCUCAUCGAGUGGCGCUUCAUUCCAGGGAGGAGCGCUUUCCAAGGGAGCCUUUCAGCCCACUUCCCCGGGGUCACGGAAGAAUGCGCCCGCAGUGUCGAAAUCCGGGUACACGGCAGCGUCCUUCGGUGGUGGUGGGAGUACGGGUGCCGCCCUCAGCAGCGGUGCAACUGGUGAGGAUCACAAUGGUCUGAAAAGCUCCGGCGAGCGGCAUCAUCGUCCGGUGGAUGUGCUGGCCGAGUUAAUUAGCACAUCGACCACCCUCACCACGUUGAAGUUACGGGAGGUGAUGCUGUCUACGCCGGAGGCACUGCGCCUCAUCCGUGCUGCAACGGAAAGCUGCAGCUUGGCUUACAUCGAUCUUACCGGUAACUCUCUCACACGGUCGGUGGGCGAUGCUUUCGGCGACUUGGUGCGAGCACGCACGCUCAUGCAGAGCCCUUCUGUGCUGCACACCAUCUUACUGAACGACAACCCCCUCAUGCGCCCUAACGCUGGCAUGCCAGCGCCACGACUAUUCUCCGCGCUGUCCAGUGACCGUGUGGUGGUAAAAUUGCACUUAGAUAGCUGCGGCAUUGAUGACGCGGCUAUAGAGCCUCUUUGCGAAGCACUUCUUGGAAGUACCAGCGUCUUGCAGUCAUUGCAUUUAAUGAAUAACGCCAUUACGUCGCGUGGUGCUUCUCUGCUUUCUAGCGUUUUGGUCCGUCAUACACGUUUGCAGGAUGUCUCACUGGAGGGGAAUGUGAUAAAGGAUGAAGGGAUUUGUUCUCUAGCCCGGAUGUUGGAGGUCAACUGCACUCUGCUUUCACUUAACAUCGCUAGAACGUGGAUGGGAGAGCGCGGCAUAAUUGCACUUGGCGUAUCACUUGUAAAGAAUAGAAAACUUCAGCGCCUGAAGAUUGACCAUAAUCACUUUACUGACGAAUCUUGUGAAUCAUUUACCGCGCUUCUAGAGAGCAACCGUUCUCUUCAGUGCUGCAGUUUGAAUGGAAACAGCGUGGGGUAUCAUACCGUGCUGCGCGCAGAGAAAAUUACCGCCCGUAAUCUCGAGGAAUUCCGCAAUAUGGAGAGGGUGGAGCUGGAGAAGGAUGUCAUUCAUUUGCACUAUCAAAUUUACAAGGUUGAUGAGGCGCGCGUGGAGUUGGAAAACCUUCGCCAGCGGAAAGCAGAGGUUGGCCGGGCGCUAGACGCGUUUGAGAUUCAGCACAAGCAGGAGACAGGAGACGUCGCUAAGAGACUGCAAGACCUUCAGGAGAUGCUCGACACCUGCGUAGAAAAGGAAAACCAUUGCUUAAGUGAGAAGCAGCGCCUUGAUGAUGAGCUCCACCAGGCAUAUAAGCGUGCGGAAGUGGACAUGGAGUUGUUGAAGGAGCGGCUCGUUGUGGAAGCAGUGCAGCGUGAAAAGGCGGAAGAGGACCUGCGUGCUCUUAAGGCACAGUUAGAGGACAUGAUGAACAAUGGUGCGGGACGUGAGGAAGCUAAGCGGAAGCAGUUGCAGGAUGUUAAUGAGGAUCAGCGACGGUGGAGUGCUCAGCGAAAGGAGUAUCGCAAUGCCAUUUCGGAGGCGGCGGCUGCCGUGGCUGAGUUGGAGGAGAGGAUCAAGGAAGAUUCAAAGAAAGAGGGCCCAAAGAAAAGUUCGAAGAAAGGCAAGGGAAGCAAGAAGAAAUAG